AUCUUGCCUCAGCUCGGAUUAUUACAUGUGCUAGGCGCAGUAGUAUGACGUAAGUGCAGCGACGUGCCGGCGCUGGUGACGUGUCUGUGUUGAUGUGUGAUGCCGUAAUGGCGGUGGAUAUCACUUUGCUGUUCAAGGCGAGCGUGAAAACAGUGAAGACGCGCAACAAGGCGAUCGGCGUCGGACCGGAGAGUCCAAAGGAUGAGCUCUUGCGGAGAAACAGACCGAAAAACAGCUUCUCCAGCAAAGCCAAAGAAGUGAUCUCCAACAUCACCAAGCUAAAGGAUUUCCUGCUACAGCACAGGAAGGACUAUGUGAAUGCCGGCAGUUUACUCUCCUCAGAUGUGACUCAUAUGACAGACUGUGAGAGAGACCAGAUUGAUCAGGACGCUCAGAUCUUCAUGAGAACGUGUUCGGAUGCCAUCAAACAGUUGAGAACGGAAGAGAAGACGGUGAUUUCUGCUCAGAUGAAGGAGCAUCAUGGGGCUGUGCUGGACUUGAUAGAAGUCUACCUUAAAGGCGUGUGUAAGCUGUACUCGGAGCAAAGAGCGAUCCGUGUGAAGAGAGUGGUGGAUAAGAAGAGGCUGUCUCGGCUGGAACCGGAACAUAAAAUAAAAAUGGGAAAACCUCAAAGCGAAGAUACAGAGAAAACCGUGUCGGAGGAAAGCAGUGAGAAGCCAACGUGUGAUAUUGGUGUUGACCUGUGGGAGGACAGCAAAGUGGAGGACGAUCUCUCUCCUGAGGAAAUUCAGAUGUUUGAGCAGGAGAAUCAAAGGCUGGUGAGUGAGAUGAAUAGCCUGGUGGAUGAAGUAAGGCAGAUUGAAGGGAAGGUGGUGGAAAUCUCUCGGCUACAGGAGAUUUUUUCUGAGAAAGUUCUGCAACAGGAGACCGAAAUCGAUAAUAUACAUCAGCUGGUUGUUGGAGCAACAGAAAAUGUUAAAGAAGGGAAUGAAGACAUUCGAGAGGCGAUUAAGAACAAUGCAGGUUUCCGUGUCUGGAUCCUCUUCUUCCUGGUGAUGUGCUCCUUCUCUCUGCUCUUCCUGGACUGGUAUGACAGCUAAAUUCUGAGAAUACAUCCACUAACAUCCAACCGGACAUGAUGCCAGAUGGGACUGAUGAUGCUAAGAUGCUUAAGCUGAAUCCACGUGUUUUUUUCCAAUUGCUAACACACAAUUUUUCAAACUUUUUUUUUAAUAAAUUUUAUCAAAAUAACACAAUUCACAAAACCACACACCCAAACUGCAAGAUACCUUGUAUCCUGCAAAAUGAAGCACUGCAACUGAAACUACACAGUAUUAUCAAAAUCAAACUUUUGCAUGAAAUGGCACACACUUCAUUCAUAUUACCAGAUUUUUGCCUAACCAACUACACACUGUUGGGCAUAACGCGAAGCACCCCAUAUGUAGUAUGCUUUGCCAUAAUACUAAAAUAUGUAUCAGAUUGUUCACAUGCACAGAAAUAUUUGCAGAUACACACACAUGCUGUUGCAACAUUUUAAUUUUUUUUUCCACUACAGUAAACAAGUCAGUGCAACAUAUGCACAGCAGAUAUAUUUACAUGGGACUGAGCAAAAAUACUUAC